CGCCGUCCGCUACGCCAUCACGCCGCGCCGCCGUCUCCAUGGCUGCGGCGGACACCCAGAUGUACCGCAAGGAGAAGAGCAUCCAGCUGAAGAGCAGCAGCGCAGCGCUGUACAACAACCUCAGCGUGCUGCGCCCGCCCGGCCGGCAGCUCGCCUGCUUCAGCGCCGUGCACGGCCCCAGCCUGAGCGUGGUCAGCGCCGACGGGCUCGGCUUCUCCCACCGCCAGCUGCAGGCGAAGGAGGGCGGGAUGGCCAUCAGCACCUCCGUCCUCACCCAGGCCGCGUGGUGCGUCCUGCCGUCACGGGUCCUGCUGGUGCUGACCUCUCAGAAAGGGAUCCAGAUGUACGAGUCCGAUGGCUCCAUCAUGGUUUAUUGGCACGCGCUGGACGUCGCAGAACAUACUCCAGCACAAGCAGUGUUUGCUCGAGGGAUCGCUGCAGCUGGCGGACGCUUCAUCUGCGUGGGGACGUCCUCUGGGCUAGUGCUGGUGUUUGACAUCCCCCCCAAAGGGACGAACAUCACGGUGAGCGAGGUUCUGGAGCAGCACCACGAUGCCAUCACCGACAUCGCGGCAGAGUUGGGCCAGGCUCCGGAUGGGGCUGGUGACCUGGUGACCGCCGAUGACGCUGGGACUCUCUGCAUCUGGAGCACGGGAGAGGAGUUCACCCUGCUCAGCAAAAUCCCGGCCUUUGGCUGCUGCUGCGCCUCUGUGAAGCUGUGGAACGGGAUCGUGGCUGCUGGCUACGGAAAUGGGCAGAUUCGGCUGUACGAGGCAGCGACCGGCCUCCUGCGUGCCGAGGUCAACGCUCACGCUAGAUGGAUCUACGCCCUGGACGUGGCGCCGCAGACAGGAAAGCUGCUGUCGGGCGCGGAGGACUCCUUUGUUCAUGUCUGGAAGCUCAGCAGGAACCUGGACACCGACGAUGUCGAGAUCGAGCACUGCCAUGCCGAGUGUGUGACCGACACCCAGGUCUGCGGUGCCCGCUUCUGCGACCCCGAGGGAAACUCCUUCGCCGUCACCGGCUAUGACCUGAGCGAGAUCUACUGCUAUGGCCGGGCGUAGGCUGCGAGCUGCGGGGUCUGUCCAGGGCAGCACUGGGGCCACGCAAGGAGAGCUGGGCUACCCCAGCACCGUGGUGCAUCGGCACCGAGGCACCGUAAGC